AUGUCGUCGAACUUGUUUGAUGUUAUGAUACUAUUGUUAGUACUGAUUCAUGUAGAUAAAAUUUGGUCAAUACCAGCAUGUAUCAUUAUUGAUACAAAUAUGAUUCAACAAUCUCAAGAUGAUGCAUCGUUAACAAAUAAUCAUUCAUCAUCUGGGUUAUUUGUUCGAAAUUUACGUAUGCUGAAUGGAAAACGUUUGUCCUCAUCAUCAUCAUCUGAUUUUGCUUUUGAACCGAUACCACUUUCUUAUAUCGAUAUAAAACAAACAACUCCAUCGCCAUUAAUAAAUAUUGAUAAUGCUUCAUUAAAAAAACCUAUAACAGAUCCAAUUGUUGAUCAACCAUUUGCGCCAUGUCCACUUAAUUUACUUAACGAAAUUGAAACACAAAUGGUUGUUCCAUUUGAAUUUCGUCGUUUACGUGUCGAACAACCUGAUCAUCGUAAAAAGUUUCUUGAUGAUGAUCCACGUGAAACUGUUCCUGAUUUAUCAACAGCUGUUUACGAAAGACGUUCAGAUCAUGAAGGACUUCGUUUUUGUCGUACUUGUCGCGAUGGCUUUUGGGCUCCUUUAACUGUAUGUGAAACUGUUCGAUGUGAUGCAGAAUUACUACGAGCUAAUCCACGUUUAGUAACUGAAUGGGGCGAAAUAAAACCAUUGGAUGGUGGCGCUCUUUAUGGACCUUCAACUGUGUUUGCCAUAUAUGCAUUUGCUUUUGGACCUCAUUGUAAACGAUGCGAAUCAAAUGGACAAUGGAGCCGUUAUGCAUUACCAGAGCUUUGUUCUGAUAUAAAAUUUUUCGGUCAGCCAUCAACAACAACAACAACAACAACAACAACAAGCAAGAGUUAUAAUUCAAUAAAUUAUGGAAAAUUAAAACAAAGCAGCACAACAUUAUUAUCGACACAAUUAAGAAGCAAAAAACAAUAA